AUGAGGGCAGAACUAAAGCAAGUCCAAAUAAACGACCUGGAGAAACUCGCUGCCGAAAAGGUGAAGAGCAGUGUCGAGGGUGACACGCCAAAGGACGUGGACCUUCUCACUCUGGAAGAUAUACGCGACCAGAUCAGAUAUAUCGAGAAGUCGAUUGCCACGAAGGAGUUGCACUACAUAACUCGGGUUCUGCGCAGCAUUGUGCCCAUUCGUCGCAAACUCAAUCAUAACGUCCUUCGUAGCCUUGCCCAGGCCUACUUCCAGCCACAAUCUCCACAGUGGACUUACUUUAUGGAGUUCCUUCCGGAGGUGAGUGUUCUUAUUCAGGCAUUGGGCUCUGACCAUUGUUUUACAGGCGAUGGAUACCGGAACGAAACUUCCUGCUCCCAGGGUCAAAUCUCCCCGGUCUAAUGUCCCCAUCCCUCCCGAAGUAGAGGUAUAUCUGCACCUUCUCCUGCUUAUCCAUCUUAUAGACGAGGGGAAGUCGAAGCAGGUAAAAACGAAGGCAUUUUUCUCAAUUUAAAGAUGGAAACACUUUUCUGAUGAUUUUUAUAACUAACUUUCCGUCAAAUGUUUUUAGAUCUGGGAUUUUUCUAUGUGGGCUGUCGAUGCGCCUAAUACUGUGUAUUGUACAAGUACAGUGAUACUGUCAGGCGUUGCCUAGGGGAAUUAUUUUACGUUCUUAGGAGCUUGCCCAUAAUUGUCCGCGCCGCCUGAAAUAAAGCUGCAUCCGUUUUUCUGGCAGUCUUAUUUUGUUUCUUUGGGGCAAGUGAUAGUCAGAACAGAAUUGCCGAUAAAGACAAGGAUGAGUAGAAUGGCCAUUUCUGGCUCAUUGGCCGUCGUCAGUCAGUCAUACCCAACCCGGAGUGGGGAACACCUGGGGCUCGUUGAGCCCUAAGGCACAACGGAGCGAGUUAGUUCCGGAAAAACGCUCGGUGAGCGCCCCUCAGCGAUAAAUAGUUUUCAUUGUCACCGUUACAAGAUUUUCUCUUGCCUGUUUAGUAAUGUGCACUACAUAUGUGCAUAUAUUGUAGGACAGCAGUACAAACAAUGAUGAGGAGAUCUAAGGCGACCGUUUUUAGCCUGUUGGUCCUCACCGGCUAUCCAUGUGGAGACUCACGGCCGGGAACACCUGCGAUUUAAUUCUGUCUGGUCUGAUUAACCGAAGAUGUAGUUUAAACGUGUUGCCACUUGAAGUACCGGAGUCGCAUUUAGGAAGAGCUAAUGCCUAUUUCGUGUUGUUGUCGAAUUCAUCUCUGACACCCGUUGCGUGACGACCGAAAAUUUCUGGUAUAAUGAGUGCCGGGAUUAUAUAUUUAUGUAAUGUCGGCCGAGAAGGACUGAAUCCGCGGUAUAUGAGCACUUAACAUACGGAAGAUGUAGUGGCGUACAUAGCUAUGCAUGUAAGCAAGGCAUAGCCUCCUGAAAACUGGCGGACUGAAUAUAGUGCGACCAUCGUGAUUUCUGACUGAGAAAAAGCUCAUAAGAGGUCGACCUCUCUGCGUACCUCCUGUGCCGCUCUCGUAUCAUUUUGUGUGGCCCACCACGGCGUGGUUACUUAUCUUAUAAGCAGCGGCAGCUUCACACCUGAACCAUUGGUGAUACUUGUUCUGUUUGAUAUGCAAGACUGGUUGACACGUUGUUCGGUUUCAUUGAUGUCUCUGUAGGGUAUCCCCCCCGUGAGACGCCUUACGCUUGCCUUCCAAAGGGACUGCGAUUGAGUUAGGCAGGAGAAAUGCGUUUUCCCUGCAUUCUGGGUUAGAAAUCCCCUAUGGACUUGUGGUGAAAUUCAGUCAGGUGUCAAGGGUGACAGUCAGCAACUUUCUGUCACGUUUUUUUCAUCCCAUCUUGUAUUCGGGAAAUUAAGCGCAACUGUUACGUAAUCGACCAAUUUUGGCAAUUUUUUGUUCAUCGACCUGUGCCUUUAUUUCACCUUUCAGGCGACCAGAUGUUCAUCGCUCCUGAUGGAACGCACGCAGGAGGUGAAUCGCCGCACCAUGGCACUAUUGGCCAGUCGCUGCUUUUUCUACCAUGGUCGGGCAUUUGAACUUGACGGGCGGCUUGAGGAGAUAAGACCGUUUUUGCACUCUCGUUUGCGAACGGCAACCCUAAAAAACGUAAGAAGCAGGCGCUACGCACCACAACUAUUUCGCCAAGAAGACGAAACCGUAACACCCACUGUUUUUAAAAGUAGUCAUUAGUGGAAACGGAGUACAGUACAUUCUGAUGCCCACGAAACGUGACUGAACUCCUAAACAUGCCCUAAACUUGACAGUGCUACUUAAGUAGGAUUGUGACUGACAAGUAUGAAGUCUACCUAGGCUCCGUGUUUAAAUUUUUCUCAACUCGUUAAGGCAUCCACCACCGAAAGUUUAUUCUUGUUUUGUCAUUUGUAAUACUCCUAAGAAACAGACGGUCUUCCUUCAAUGGGACCGCCACAAAAUGCAGAUUUUCGUUUUAUGGGGAGUUUGUAAUCCGUAUAACUUGCAACAACAGAACAUCCUAGUUGCGAGAUUAUUGUGUAUCUCCUAUAUCUGCUUGAGGCGAGCGCUCCAGUGAUACACUUUCCUAUAGCUUUUCAACUAACCCUUGUUCUUGAAGCCCAUGGAGUAUUAGGAUGCAUUUUAAACAGCUACCACACUUUGUAAGUUCAAUAAAAAAAAAAAACUUGCACACAUUCCUCUGCGUCUAAACGCAAGCACUUAUCUUCAGUUUUUCGCUCUAACGCACAGCCCUUUUCAAAUACCCAAGCAAUGAACUGCGAAAUAAUUUCGAGAAAGAAACUUUCCCUCACUUCUACUCGUACCCAUAUCUGACUUCAUAUAAAUGACUCAAGACGGCACAAACCUAUUCAUGUGGUAAACGGGACUUCCUUUCUUGUUUACUUAUUCUCCUCCUUGUGUUGUUUCAGGAACACGAUUGUCAAGCCGUACUGAUCAACCUUCUACUGCGAAACUAUCUGCACUACAAUUUGCAUGAUCAGGCCAACAAACUAAUAAGCCGCGUCGAAUUCCCGGAAAGUGCCCCAAAUAACGAAUGGGCUCGAUACCUAUACUACCUAGGUGUGUCUCUAUGACUGCCAUCUUAUUUUCUAUGAAAUUACACCUGUCCCAAUUUAUGCAUUUGAUCAUCCAAAUCAUAGACUAGACGAGUUUCCAGAUCAGGCUCUGAUUGGCCGAGUACCUAUCUGUAGAUCUAUGUGAAAUCCUUAUUAACUAGUUGAUGUGCAGGGAUUUGCGGACAAGGACAAAUGAGACCUGGCGGCCAUUCCUAAAUUCUUUGUUGUCAGCCAACCACCUAAAAUUGAAACUGAUGUAGUUGAUAAUUGCCCUACUAGCUGAACUACGCGCUCCGCCGACAACUGUCGGUAUGGUUUACAGGCACGCUAGACUGACGUUCAUCGAUACGACCUGAUAUUGCUAAUGAGACUAGCACUCCGAGCCGGAGCAACCCAAUCGUGAUACUCUGCCCAGAUACAUAGGCAUUUGACGUCGAAUACCACCCGCUACCUUCCCGCUCAGCCGUUUCACUGCUUGUACGUGCAUGCCAACUACUUUGACGUACGGGGAGCGUAAAGUGCAUUGGAGCGGUACGGUGCUUUCACACGCCUUGUUUGACCCGAACCUACAUACAGUAAAGUGUGACAAGUGGGCAUUACUUAUGGAUCACUUGAUUUCAUUACCUGGCUGCCAGACUGGUUUCUCAGCAUAACUCGUUUUAUACACUAUUUUCUUUCUGCCCACCGUACCCCUCACAGGUUUCAUAAAAGCCAUUCAGCUGGACUACAAUGCCGCCCAUGAUCACCUGGUCUCAGCUCUUCGCAAGGCCCCUCGGCAAACUGCAGUAGGCUUCAAGCAUGCUCUGCACAAGUUGAACACUGUGGUUGAGCUUCUUCUCGGCGAGCAACCGGAUCGCGGCACUUUCAGGCAGCCAGAACUCAAAGCUGCACUGCAACCCUACUUUCAACUCACGCAGACCAUCCAUUCUGGCGACUUGGGGCAAUUUAGCCAGGUUCUAAAAACGCAUGCAACCCAGUUUACUCGUGACAAAACCUACUCGCUCAUUGUCCGUCUUCAUCACAAUGUAAUCAAGACUGGUGUCAGAAGAAUUUCCUUGAGCUAUUCAAAAAUAUCGCUUGCUGAUGUCGCGAGCAAGCUGCAACUCGGUGAAGCAGACGAUGCUGAGUACAUCGUUGCCAAGGUAUGCCUGCCAUUUCCUUCCAUGUGAGAACCCAUAUCACUUUUGAAGUUGAGAAAAUCUAUUUCGCACGUUUCGGUCGUCGAAAUAAAAGUAGGUCAACAGUCCGCCUGGGCACUUUUAAACCAUUCCGUGUUCAGUGAGCAUGCGCCUUCAUGAUCUACCCGAAGUUGGCUGGCACGUGUUGCCUAUGAUGUCGACGAAACCACUUUCCUCCUCUUUUAAAUCCCCAUCAGGCCAUUCGCGAUGGUGUGAUGGAGGCCGUUGUGGACCGCGACCAAGGAUGCAUGAUAACGACAGAGGCCAGUGACCUUUAUUCUACCCGCGAACCCAUGGACCAAUUUCACCAGCGCAUUCGCUUCUGUUUGGGCAUUCGGAAUCAAGCAAUCAAGGCGAUGCGCUAUCCACCGAAGCAAUACAGCAAGGACCUGGAGUCAGCUGAGGUAAAAAGACAAAUACUUAGCAACUGAUAAAUGACUCCUGCUUUCGUCAGUUAAAGUGAUUCAUUUUAAAAAUUCUCUGUAGGAACGUCGGGAGAGAGAACAGCAAGAGCUCGAGAGUGCGAAAGAAUUGUCUGAAGAGGACUUUGAUGGAUUCCCCUGA